CUAGUGGGCCAGGCUUGUCCGUUCAGCAUAGGACCGACAACAGCAGAUUACUCCCUGGGCUCUUCCUCUUCCUUCCUGCCCGUUCCACGUUUCCCCCCGGGCAAGAAACACCGGUCGGCAUGGAGACGUAGAAAAGCACCGAAACGACGACCAUUGAAUACAGGAGCGCACACACAACGAGAGAGACAAGAAAGCCACAAGCUCGAAGGUCGUCGUAAAUCUUCAGGAACUGCAGGGACAGGGGCGAUUCUAACUGUUUCCUAGCCGAAAGAAAUGGAGUCGGAGGGGGGAUUGGAGCUGCGGCUGCAGGAAUUGCAGAAACAGCUGGGGAAGAAGCAGGAGUUCGAAGAAGCCGUUUCUUCGAUCAAAUCGGUCCUGCAACGAUGUUACCCUUCCGCUUCGCCUCCGCUUCGCCGAUCGAUUUACUCUGUGGUAUGUCGAGUGGCAACAAUCUUGAAGACGAGACACACGGCGCCUGGUUUUUGGCUUGCUGGAUUAGGGCUCUUUGAGGAGGCCGAAAGCUUGGUGUCUAAUGCUUCUGAGAAGGAACAUUUGAAGAGUUGUAUCGCUCAAGCACGAGAACAGCUGCAUAUUGUGGAUAAUCCCACUCCGGAAUCCACACAAUCUAAUGCAAGUAGAGGUUAUUUGUUUGAAGGGCAUCUUACUGUGGAUCCAGAGCCUCCUCGGCCCCACUGGCUUGUGCAGUCUGAACUCAUGAACACUGUUUCUAUGCUCGCUGCGGCUGAAUCCUCUCAACAAAUGGAGGAUAACCAUAUGUCCGAAACUGCUGCGAAUUUGUUUCAGGAAUUGAUGGACAACAUUGAUACGACAUUACCCGAGAUCUUGGAUAACAUUCCCGUGGCUCCAAGAGCCCCACCUGCCAGUAAAGAAGUUGUCGCAAAGCUUCCGGUAAUUACUCUGUCGGAAGAAAUUCUAGCCAAAAUGGGACACGAUGCAGAAUGUGCAAUUUGUAGAGAGAACUUGGUCGUGAAUGAUGAGAUGCAAGAGUUGCCGUGCAAGCACACGUAUCACCCUCCUUGUCUAAAGCCUUGGCUGGAUGAACACAAUUCUUGUCCAAUAUGUCGGCACGAGCUGCAAACUGAUGAUCAUACUUAUGAGAGCUGGAAGGAGCUUGAAAAGGAGGCUGAAGAAGAGAGAAAAGGCGCUGCAAAUGCCGUUCGAGGAGGUGAAUACAUGUAUGUUUAGUAAUCACUCACUUAUUGCACCAUGUAGCUUAAAGUUGUGCCGGGCUUUGGAUACAACUGCUGUCGGUGCUUCCUUGUUUCCUCUUCUUUUGAGGCGGAGGUCCUCGUUUUGCAUUCUGUGCAAAUGAUUGCGUCUCGAGAAGAUUGCAGGCCAUAUUUGGGUUCUUGAUCGAGGGACGUCAUUGAUUGAAUUUGAAUUGUUUGUAGUCGAACGAACACAUAAGCAGUCUCUAGUGGGAAGUGUUUCUUCCUAUA